AUGUUGUUCUACCUUCUUACAGGAAAAGUAGAGGAGAUUGAUGCAGAUAGAAUGAAGAAUCAAUAUAAAGUUCAGAAGAUUGAAGAUGGCUUAUCAAUGCUUGAGAAUGCAGCUAUCCCCCUAAAUGUAAAAGUUAUUCACGAGAAAGAUAUUUUACAAUGGAAAGAAGAUGACAGAGUUUUCCAUGAAUCUCACAAUUUUUCGUCAAUGCUAGAAAAAGUGAAGAAUCAGGCCCAUGUGACGUUUGUUGGUGUCUCAGGAUCUGGGAAAACAGCAACAGCUCGUCACAUCGCCCUUAUGUUACAACAGGAAGGAUAUGAGAUUGUACCAGUCAAAGAGAUCAGAAAGAUAGAGGACUAUUGUGAUCCUAAAAAUCCACAGGUUUUUGUUAUUGAUGAUGUGGUAGGUGUAUUCGGGCUUCAAAACACGGAACUAAAUCAUUUGAUGAAGUAUGAAGAUAGAAUUAUGAAGCCUAUAAUGCCAAAGUCAAAAACUCUCAUGACGUGUAGAGAGGCGGUGUAUAGAGAAUCAUUAGAGUCCAGUUCAUUUUUUACAGAUGAAAAAAAUAUUGUUUUGUUGCAUGAUGAUUUUAAUGCUUUAACGAAUAUAGACAAAAAAUGUAUAUUGAAAAUGUACAAAAUAGAUGUAGAUCUGUUGUCUCCUGCUUGUUUGACAUCAGCAUCAAAAAUGUUUCCAUAUCUUUGCAAAAUGUUUUCAUCAGAAAAAAAAUUCCAAUCAUAUGGUCCUGCAUUUUUUGAAAAUCCAGUUCCAUGCAUUUUGAAGGAACUUGAAGAAAUGAAAAGACAAAACAAAAUCCAUUAUGUUUCUUUGGUCUUAUGUAUGAUGAACAAUAACAAAUUAUCGGAGGGAAUCAUUUAUGAAGCAGAGAAAGAAUCGGCUAUUCCAGACUUUUGUGAAAUGAAACAAAUCGUUCUGAAGAAAUGCAAGGUCAGCAGUCAUACUAAUAAUUUCCACUUUGUUGAUGCAAUGCAUGAAAUGGAGGGCACAUACACAAAACUCAAUGGUAAUGAGUAUAGUUUUGUUCAUGAUUCCAUGUUCGAAAUUGUUGCUCAUCAUUUUGGUUCCCACUUUCCGGAACUCAUCUUAAAGUUUAUGAGUAGCUAUUAUAUUGCUAACAAUGUAAAAGUUAAGGAACCUCUAAUACAGAUAUUGGACAAUAAACAAAUGGGUGAAAAUGUAGUCGGCAGUGGAGAAUUUAAACAAGGGGAAAACAAUAUUGCAGUCAGUCAAGAAAAGAAUGUUGGAGUAAAGUCAUAUGAUCUCUCUAUCAGACUUGAAGAGAAAUACUACCCAAUGCUAGCAAAGCGGUUGUACAGAGAUAUAGAAAAUAUGGAACUGUAUGAUGUUUUUAUGAACAAUGUUUUGAAGGAGCCUAAGGUUUAUCAGGCUUUUGAGGAUGUUUUAAAGACAAAGUCUGAUACAGAGUUGGAGUCGUUAUUUCUGUCAGAGCGUGAGGUGAGUAAUGUUAAACGGUGGUUGCUGCCAUGGUUGGAAAUAUUACCUACAUUUAUUAUGGACAUGAUGGAGGACAGAAAAGAAAAACUGGAGAAUAAGGAAAGGGAAGUGUAUGGACUGAAAUACACUUUGAGAGUUAUCUGUUGGGUGAUUUAUUAUGGACACAAUAAGAUUUUACAAUAUAUUUUGAAACGAACUGAAAAGAAAGAAACAGGGCCUGUUUUGUUUAGGAACAUCACAGAGACUGAAAUUCCCGAAGAAUACCUUCUAAUUUUACUGGGCUGCUACAGUGGUGAUUUAGAGACUGUAAAAAUAUUGUUGAGGUAUAUCAAUAAUGACACUCUUAACAUGGUUUACAGCUCUUCAUUUAGGGGAGCUUGUCAGGGUGGACAUGUAAGAAUGGAUAAGGAGCUGUUAAAGCGUGCUUAUGGAACAUUUGAUAUUACACCACUGAUGGCAGCAUGUGGAUGUGGAUAUAAAAGUGUUGUUAAGGAACUGAUAAAGGCAAAGGCUAAUGUGAAUAAAAAUGUAGGAAUUCAUACACCGCUCUCAUUAGCAUGUAGAAAGGGACAUGCAAGUAUAGUACAGGAUCUGAUAAAGUCGGGUGCCAAAGUCAACCCUCCAGUUCCUUCUGAAAUGCAUGAUUACAAAACACCACUUGAAGCCGCAUGUGAGAGUGAUCAAUCGAGUAUUGUAACAGAUUUGCUAGAGGCAGGGGCUGAUGUCAAUCUUAGAAGGUUUGACACAACGCCCUUAAUAAUAGCAUGCAUGCAUGGAAAUAUACGCAUAGUACAACAGCUACUAGACAAAGGGGCCGAUGUCAAUCUAAAGAGCGAAGAAAGUCAAGGUUACACACCACUGUUAAAGGCUUGUGAGCGUGGACACAUGAGUAUAAUAGAGAAGCUGCUAGACGCAGGGGCCGAUGUUAAUAUACAGGACUGGGAAGGGAGAACACCUCUACAUAAUAUACUUUUAUAUAGUACUGAGACUCAGGAACCUGUUAAACUGAUGGUCAAUGGUUAUGGUGCAGACCCAACUGUCCAUGAUACAGAAGGGUUUUCAUCAAUUUGUAUUGCAUUGAUCAGGAAAAAAAUUGAAGUUAUAAAUCAAUUAUGUAACAGUGAAAGUAACGCUCAGUCAUAUAGUCUGAAGUUGCAUUUGUUUGACUGCUUAAGAGUCAUAAGUCAAAGAACGGUGAUGUUAGACAGCAAGGAUGAUGUGGUGGUUAAGGAAGGAGGAGUGAUGGAUGUGUUUAAUUUGGGAUAUAAGUUUGAAGCUAUCUUAAGAAGCAAAAGUGUUGUACUGAAACGUCUGCUAAAACUGGGUCUGGAUGUUAACCAGUGGAUAGAGAAGUAUGAUUGUUUUUCUCUUGUUAAGAAACCGGAUGUCAACCAGUGGAGAAAGGUGUAUAAUUUGGGUUAUGAUAUGAGACCUCUUCUGUUUACACUGAUUGAUGAGGGAUUGAUGUCUACAGAUGUAGAGGAUCUAGCAGAGAAGGUGAGGAUCCUUGUGGAGGCGGGAGCGGAUGUCAAUGUGAAUUACAGGAUGUAUCAAGAGCGUUUAAGAAGAAAAAACUCCAUUUAUAAAGGCAUGUAUAUCAGUAACCCAAUCUUAGUUGAUACGAGGUCUGUAGUAGACAAAAACGGCUUGUCUCUUCUUGAGAGGACACGGAGACUCAUAAAUGUACAUGUACCUGGGUGCGAAAAGGUGUUGGGUGUAUUGAAGAAACAUGUAAGACGAUACUCUGUUUGAAAAAGUACAUUUUACAUCAUUUAUAUCUCAACAAUAUGGUGUACAUAAAAAUAAUGUAACACUAGAAUGUGUAUAUUUCUUGCAUUCCAGGAUGUGAAUAUUUGUUACAUUACGGGACAUGAAUAUCGGUGUUCAUCCUAACAAGCAUAAUGAUUUUUUUUUCUUUUCAAAGCAUAAGAAGGUUCUUAUGCCAUCUUUGAAAUACUGACUAGUUGUCCUCACCUUACUCUGUGUAAAAUUAUUAGGUUGGUAGGUAGGUGGUAAAAUAUUUCUUUCCAGAAAAUUUCAACAUA